AUGCGACCCAGCGAACCCAUUACCAUGGGGAACUACACCGAUCUCCCUCCCCACGAGAGACCAGGGUAUACCCAGUCCGCCUCGUUCGCCCAUCCUGCCACCACGGCAGCCAACUCGGCGGGCGUCGCGUAUGCGCAGCCGGGCAACGUCCAGUAUGCGCCGACCGCCCAAGGCUUUGCCUAUACCGCAACGUCGGCAUCCCACAACGCGCCGACGCGCACCCCGACGGCGACAGCGAAGACCAACGGCGCUUUUCAGUAUGCGAGUCCGCCCACGAAUAUCCAGUAUACCGCGAAACCUGUGGGCAGCAACAACCAGCCGCCAGUCGCCCCUCCAUCGCCAUCUCAGUAUGCGACCAUGCCACUGGCUCCUCAGCCGCCGCCGCCAGCCGACCAGUCCUUCUACCCGCCUCCUCCCAUGGGCAGCCACUCGCCGCGCCCUGAUCAUCACCGCGCUGCUUCCUACUCGGGGCCAAUGAGCACACACGACGGCCGCAAUGUAGUAGAGAUGCGUCCACAAGGUCACCUUGGCGCAGGCGACAGGCCGGAUGGGCUGCGCAUGGAUAGGCUGUCCGUCAGCGGGAACAGACCCGAUAUACAAACUAUCAUUCCAGGAGGCAUGCCUGGGGGAUUCCCCUCCGGACUACCGCCGCCGAGUCCUCUGCUCGAAGCAUACCAUGGAACGUAUCAGUCCAUCAGUCCUAUGCCUCAGGCGCUGAUGUUAGAUGACGAUCUUGACCAUCUGCCUCCUCUCGAUACUCUCUCCCCUCGUGAGUCUGGUCAUGGCCGCCGCCGCCGUGCUCAUUCCACCUCCUCGCGACGAACGCCCAGCCCUUCAAGGUCCUCCAGACAUACCGACAAGCUGGCAAUGGCCGCAUAUGGCCGCGACGAGCGCCUCCCCGAAAAGGAGAAACGGAAAGCGAGAAUAUACGAUGCCACUGAUGACGCUCUAGCCCUUGUCGACGCACUGGCGGCGCGAACGCCAGAUGUGGAGACUAUAUGCGAAAUCCUCCCAAUCCUCACACACGACCAGAUGCUCGAGUUGCGAGCCGAGUACAAGCGACACUGCAAAGUACAAGGCAGGGGUAUCAACAUCGCCAAACACAUCAAGUUGAAGACCAACGGUAAUUUUGGCAAAAUUGCCUACGUGACGGCCCUAGGCAAAUACGAAGGCGAGGGCUACUGGGCAAACUACUGGUACCAGUCCAACUCGGCGAAGAGAGAGCUCCUCAUCGAAUCGCUAAUGGGUCGACAAAACCACGAGAUCCGCGAGAUCAAAGAUUCAUUCAAAGACAAGCGCUACAGCGAUUCCCUCAUCCGAUGCAUGGACAAGGAGCUCAAAGCCGACAAGUUCCGUAAAGCUGUGCUGAUGGCACUGGAAGCCAAUCGGCAGGAAGAAAGCGAUGUGUGGCCGGUGGAAUAUCGCAAUCGCGAUGUCGAUACUCUAUACAAAGCCAUUCGAGCCAGGGAAGGUGGAGAAAGUGCCAUGCUCAGUAUUGUCAUCAUGCGGAGUGACGCACAUUUGCGCGAGGUGCUGAGGACAUAUGAGAGAAAGUACCAAGGCAACUUUGCGAGAGACGCUCUCAAGAAGAGCAACAACUUGGUUGGUGAAGUCAUUGCGCACAUUCUCAAUGGCGUCAUCAACCGUCCUGCAAGAGAUGCCAUGCUCCUCCACCACGCUCUCGUCGACCUCAUGGAGCCCGCAAACGACGGCCGCUCCUCCAACAGUCGUCUGUCCUCGCGCGAAGCAACAUCCAGCAAGCAUGAACGCCAACAACGAGUCGAACUACUCAUCUCGCGUCUUGUGAGAUUACAUUGGGACCGCCAGCAUCUUCUUAGAGUCAAGGCGGAGUACGAGGAGAAGUACGGCCGUAUCGUUGAGGAGGAUGUCGAAGAGGCUACUAGAGGAGACUUCCGAGAAUUUGCACUUGCUAUCUGCCAGACUGCGAGAUAG